CCGUAACUACGACUCAACCUUGCGAGAACCAACCAGUGAGUUGUAACGAUCAUGUUCUACUUGAAGAUUAUCUUUGCGGGCGUCCUGUUGAUGGUGGUCUUGCUGUCCAGUGGGAUUGAUGGCGCUUGUUCUACUACUAAGGCGGAAAUAGAGUACCAGAUGAAACGUAAUAAAAAGGUCGCGACAAUUAAGGUACCAUGCUGCACCGGAUACAAACUGUUGAAGAACAGACAAUGCGAACCUAUCUGUUCUCACCCGUGUGAGAACAGCAAGUGCACUGCACCAGACUUGUGUACUUGCAUUGAAGGAUUCAAAAAGCUGAACAAUUAUAGAUGCAUUCCACACUGUGACGAGUGCGAUAAUGGUAUUUGUAUAAAGCCAGGCUACUGUCAGUGUCUGCCCGAUUACAUUAAAAGUGAUAACGGCACGUGUGUGGCGGAGUGUAACAACUGCUCCAAUGGGUUCUGCCAGUUUCCGAACGAGUGUGAAUGUUAUGCCGGUUACCAGCUCGUCAGAGACGGCGAUACAGGACACGAGUGUAAGCCAGUGUGUACGGGAGGAUGUUCCAAUGGCCGAUGUGUCGCUCCAGAUAAAUGCGUUUGUAACGAAGGCUUCAGCAUGGCCACGACCGGAGAGUGUGUCCCUGUACCACGAUGUUCAGAUGGAUAUGAGGAGUUUAAGGAAAAUGAUGAAGCCACCGUUGAGUGUCGGCCAAUCUGUAGUGAACCUUGCCAGCAGGGACACUGUGUAGCUCCAGAGCAGUGCGAAUGCUAUCAGGGAUAUUCGAAUGUUAACUCGAGCUCACCGCACCAGUGCCUUCCGGUGUGCAAUGGAGGAUGUAUCAAUGGUGAUUGCGUUGCACCGGGCCAGUGCAUUUGUCGGCCACAGUAUGGCAAGAUUGGGGAUGAGUGUGUUCCGUUGUGCGAAAAGUGUUCGCUUGGCCAUUGCGUGAGGCCGAAUGAAUGCGUUUGUGAUCGUGGUUACCGGUUGACGAAUGGUGAUUGUGAACCGAUCUGCGAGAUGGAAUGCAUCAACGCGAUCUGCACCGGACCGAACUCCUGCACGUGUUUACCGGGCUACAAUUAUACUGACAUCAACGCGUUGUUUGAUUGUUUGCCAGUUUGCGACGAGGAGUGCAUCAACGGGCGCUGCGUUGCUCCACAAACGUGCGAAUGUGACGAAGGUUACGUACGAGAUGAUGAGAACAUGUGCGUUCAUCCAGUGGAACUUUGCCGCCAGAAGUGUGCCAAUGGUCAAUGCCGUGGUGCGGAGUGUUACUGCAACGCAGGAUAUGUGAAAAGCGCAUCCGAUGGACACUGCGAGCGAACCUGUCCCAAUGGCUGCACAAACGGUGACUGUCGUGGAGGCGCAUGCUUCUGCUACGAAGGAUAUCAGUUGCAUCAGGACAACGAAUCAAUCUGUGAGCCGGUGUGUGGAGAAGAUUACGACUAUAGCAGUACGGGUUGCAUAAAUGGACGCUGUAUUCGACCAAACGUUUGCCAGUGUGACGAUGGAUACGAGUUCGUCGACGUCAACCAAACACGCUGCGAAUCGAGUGAAGAACUGGCACGACAGAGAGCAGCUCAGGAGCGAGCCGCUCUUUGUCAAAAGAACUGUCGCAAUGGCAAAUGUCGUGCGGGUGAGUGUUGGUGUGACGAAGGAUAUGCUCGACCGGAAGGAGAUGGAUUCAUCUGCAAGCCGGUGUGCGAUGAGCCCUGUCGCAACGGAACCUGCGUGUUGCCGAACCGAUGCGAGUGCAAUGCUGGGUUUGUGUUCGUGAAUGAUAGCAACAGUGUGUGCCGAUCGGAGGAAGAUCUACGAAGGGAAGCCAACGAACUCUGUACUGCGCUGUGUCGGAAUGGUGAUUGCUACGGUGGGGAGCGAUGCAUCUGCAUGAUAGGAUACCGUGCACCGGAAGAUGAACCCUACAACUGUCAACCGGUGUGUGGACGAUCGUGUGAAAAUGGAUACUGCAUUGGGAACGAUCGGUGUCGGUGUCACGAUGGUUUCGGGAUGAAUGCAGAAGAUGAUCAUCUCUGUAAUCCGAUCUGUACACCCGAUUGCGUCAAUGGAACUUGCAUAGCACCAGAUCAGUGCAACUGCAAUCCAGGAUACAUUCGUGACGAGAAUCAGACAAAUGUCUGCAGGAAGCAGGAAACACCCGAGGAACGGAUGGCACGCGAACGACAGACCAAGUGUGAGCGUGAUUGUCGUAAUGGCCAGUGCGAGCAGGGAGAGUGUCGGUGUGAUGAAGGCUUCCGUCAUUCACCGGGAAAUGUGCUACAGUGUGAACCAUUCUGUGAACAGGACUGCAAGAACGGUCGAUGCAUCGGCAAUAACCGUUGUGAGUGUUUCGAACAGUAUAAGUUAGCAGAAGCGUUUGUUUGUGCUCCAAUCUGCGAGGCGGACUGUUUGAAUGGCGUUUGCAGUGCUCCAAACCGAUGCCAAUGCGAAGAAGGAUACCGCAAGUCAAACGAAUCCGACAACGAAUGCAGACCAGUUUGUGGUGAUACAGACUGCACGAAUGGUGUUUGUGUGGCGCCGAACGAGUGCAGCUGUUUAGAUGGAUACUAUCCAGACGAGGACAAUCCGUUCCACUGUCUUCUUGAUGCGAAAGCCAUUCUGCUACCACGUGAAGGAAGUGAACGUGACUACUAUAAGAUGUCAUACAUGCACUACUUCAUUCCGGUGGUUGCCAGCGUGGCACUUAUCCUGACGAUUCUCAUCAUCAAGACGAUAGUGCGGAACCGACAGAAGAACUACCAUGUGGGCAAGUUGGGUAAUGUACGGCAACGAUCACGCCGCAACACCGCAACCCGUACCAGCAACACCGCUCACUAUAACGAUUACAAUCUGGUCGUUCUCUUCCCCACAGAGAGCAGGGAAAACUGCGUCUACUUUAGGCAGGACUCAAACUCCAAAACGAAACUGAAUCUUCCAGUGGAAACCAUUUGACUCUCAUUCUUCCUUCCAAAUGCCAAAUUUUCGUACUUUUC